GUUAAUUGCGUCGCAAAACCUGACUUACCACCAAAACGCAAAAGCGCCAUUGCCAGCAGCACAUGCACCGAUGCCGAGCGCGCAGACGAAGGUUGACAUGAGGAUAAGGCUGCCGGGGAAUUGUAAGCACAUAUUUGCAUGCAUAAGUGAUUGCAAACUAUUAGGACCCCGUGCGAAAGCGCAGGCAGGGCAAACGCAUGGUUGUUGACCGCGACAGCAAAACACUGCUGUAGACGCUUUGAGCUGAUACAAUGCGAGUUCUCAGUCAGAACCUUACAUUCUCGGGCUGUGAGCCUGUUUGGCCUUGAAUCUUGUGCAGGUCGGCGAUGCUGAGCGACAAAGGCCUCCCCUUUGACCAAGUUUGUAGCACCUCCGCCAACCCCUCAGGCAUGCUCGCAAGCUUGUGUCUAACAAAGUUGCUAUGAAAUAGCAUCAUGCAGUAUCAUAGAGGGUUUGUGAACGUGGAACACUGCAUGCUGAUAUCGCUUGCAACGGUGAUAGGCUGUAACAGCUCAGCGAUACAUUUAACAGCUUGUAAGUAUUAAGUCUGUAGCGUAUAAUAUGAGUCUUAUGAGAGAGUCAUACUAUUAAGUUGAGAAGCUGAAUGUAGGGUCCCCCCAAGCAGCAGUGCUGCCCCAUUGCGCAUGCCAGCUCCCUUCCCAGAUCUGGUAAUGCCAUUGCUAGGACGCAUAAUCCAAUGACACGCCCGAUUGGCUGAAUGUGGCUAAGGAUGCCCGAUUGGCUGAAUGUCGCUAAGGAUGCCCGAUUGGCUGAAUGUCAACACCCGCACCUCUACUACCGCGACCGUAUGGCCCUCGCCGCGGCUUGCGCCGCGCACAUUGCCGCCCGGCCGCCUGCCGGUGCCGCCGCAUCCCCCCACCCACCCGCGGCCCCUCCCCCGCCCGGCACCCUUAACGAAGUCACGCGGUGAUGCUUCAUCCAGCAAGCCACCAGCCCACAUGCCGUGUCCCUCCCCCGCCGGCGGGCUGGUACCGUCAUGCGACCCUGACCGGCCCUGUGGAGACAGCCCCGCCCCGGAGCCGACUUGGACGUCUGGACGUCACGCCGCGGCACCCCGCAUUCAGGGGGGGUACUUGGGUUGCCUGAGUGCACGCUUGUGGGGGCUUUGUACGGGGGUGUUUGUGUGUGCGUGUGUGGGUGUGUGUAGGUGUGUGUGCGUAGGUGUGUGCGUGGGUUCGUGUGUGCGUGUGCGGGUUGCGUGUGCGGUGUUGCGUCCCAGUGCGGGUUGUUGUCCCUGUCCGUGUGCGGCUGUUGGCUUGGUUUGGGGUGCCGAGGCUGACUUCGUCCUUCGUCUUACGCGUGUUGUGGUCGUGUGUCCCUGUGUGCGUCUGGGUUCCGUUCUGCCGCCGGUCCCUGUGCCGUUCGUGCUCGCAGUUUCUGCCCUAAGGGUGUGCUCCAUUUGAUGGGGUUUUUGUUUGCGUCUUUGGUCUGCCAGCUCGUGCCCUCGCCAUUGCGCACCGCUGUAACGCCACAGUCUA